UCGUAUUUGGCUAUUUGCACAAGUGGACCAAAGUAGCCUCUAUUUCUACUGUCAAAAUUCCAAAGCAGCUACUUCUGCUGCUGCAUUUGCAAGUGAGUCAGUCUUGUCGCUCAAUUCACAUUUUGCCCCCACAAGCCCAAUGAAUGGUUCGAUUUCCAAUCCCAACUGCCACUCCCAUUUUCCCUCCGGAACCCAUUAGCAGCAAUUCAAAUUUUCUAUCCAUAAAACACCAGUGCCUUUCACUCCUCAAGCUUUGUUCCUCGAUCAAACAUCUUUAUCAAAUCCAUUCCCAAAUACAAGUCUCUGGUCUUCAAGGAGACACCUUUCUCGUUACCCAACUCAUUAAAUUCUCCUCUUUGUCUCCUUCAAAAGACUUGAGCUAUGCUCAAUCCAUUCUUGAUCACUCUGUUCACCCAGUUCCACUUCCUUGGAACAUACUUAUUAGAGGCUACGCGGAUAGUAAUACCCCAAAAGAUGCCCUUUUUGUCUAUCGCAAUAUGCGAAAUGAAGGGAUUAGACCCAAUAGCUUGACCUUCCCUUUUCUUCUCAAAGCCUGCGCUGCGUGUUUUGCAACUAAAGAAGGGAAACAAGUUCAUGUUGAAGUUAUCAAGUAUGGUUUGGAUUGUGACGUGUAUGUCAAUAACAAUUUGGUCAAUUUUUAUGGGUCUUGCAAGAAAAUUCUAGAUGCAUGUAAGGUGUUUGAUGAAAUGCCUGAAAGAACUGUGGUUUCAUGGAAUGCGGUGAUCACUAGCUGUGUUGAGAGUUUAAAGUUGGGGGAGGCAAUUAGGUAUUUUUUGAAAAUGAGGGAUUUUGGGUUUGAACCGGAUGGGACUACGAUGGUGCUUAUGCUUGUGAUAUGUGCUGAAAUGGGAAACUUGGGUUUAGGUAGAUGGAUUCAUUCCCAAGUGAUUGAGAGAGGUUUGGUAUUGAAUUAUCAAUUGGGUACUGCCCUUGUUGAUAUGUAUGCAAAAAGUGGAGCUGUUGGUUAUGCUAAGUUAGUUUUUGAUAGAAUGAAGGAGAAAAAUGUGUGGACAUGGAGUGCCAUGAUCUUGGGGCUGGCGCAACAUGGAUUUGCCAAAGAGGGCCUUGAACUUUUCCUUGACAUGAUGAGGAGUUCUUUGAUACACCCGAAUUAUGUCACAUUUCUCGGGGUUCUUUGUGCCUGUAGCCAUGCUGGUUUGGUAUCCGAUGGAUUCCGGUACUUCCAUGAAAUGGGGCAUACAUAUGGAAUCAAACCAAUGAUGGUACAUUAUGGUGCAAUGGUUGAUAUCUUAGGUCGUGCUGGUCUUCUCAAAGAGGCUUAUAACUUUAUAACUAAGAUGCCUUUCCAACCUGACCCUAUUGUGUGGAGGACAUUGCUCAGUGCGUGCAGCAUUCAUGACGUUAAGGACAGUACUGGGGUAGCAUAUAAGGUGAGAAAGAGGUUGCUUGAGCUAGAGCCAAGGAGAAGUGGGAAUUUUGUGAUGGUAGCAAACAUGUAUGCUGAUGCUGGGAUGUGGGAAAAGGCGGCAAAAGUGAGGAGGGUAAUGAGAGAUGGGGGUUUGAAGAAGAAGGCUGGAGAGAGUUGUGUUGAAUUAUCUGGUUCCAUCCAUCGGUUCUUUUCUGGUUAUGACUCGCAGGAUGAUAAGGAAGGCAUGUACCAGUUGCUAGAUGGACUAAACUUGCAUAUGCAGAUGGUACACUUAUUAUAAUUACUUGAAAUUGCUUGUCUGCUAUUAUUUAGUUUAAAAUAUGGUAACCUUAGAUGGUAAUGUUUCUCGUCCAUCAUUAUGUGUGAGCAAAAGAAUAUUGUCUCAAGAUGUAUGACCAAGAAAAAUGGAUACACUAACUGCCUUUAUAAAAGUUAUAACCCCAAUUUCAAGAGAAAA